UCCACCCCCCUCGCCUGUUUCCCAACCUGCCUAUCUCUAUCAGCCACAAACAUUCCUAACAUGAUGAUGGAGAUGGUGCCGGGACAAGCUGCUGCCUGCUGGACCGCGCCGUCGCCAUGCAAGACGACGCGGGCGCCACCGUUGUUCUUUCGCCGGCGAAUAAUGAUCACGGCCACGGCGACCCGCAGCAGGCGCGAGGCGGCGGCGAUGUCGGCGCCGGAGAAGGCCGACGUCCUGCGUUCCCUGGACGGGUGGGCGGAGUCGAACCUGCUGCCGCUGCUGAAGCCGGUGGAGCGGUCGUGGCAGCCGCACGACCUGCUGCCGGACUCGGCGUCGCCGGGGUUCCGCGAGGCGGUGGACGAGCUCCGGGCGCGCGCGCGCGAGCUCCCCGACGACUACUACGUGUGCCUGGUGGGCAACAUGGUGACGGAGGAGGCCCUCCCCACGUACCACGCCGCCCUCAACAGCUUCGUCGGCUACGACCGCCCCACCGCCGCCGACGCCUGGGCGCGUUGGUCCCGCGGCUGGACGGCGGAGGAGAACCGCCACGGCGACCUCCUCAACCGGUACCUCUACCUGUGCGGCCGCGUCGACGUCCGCCGCGUCGAGCAGACCAUCCACCACCUCAUCACCGCCGGGAUGCGCUUGCCCUCCGACGGCUGCCCCUACCGGGGCUUCAUCUACACGGCGUUCCAGGAGCGCGCCACCGCCAUCUCCCACGGCAACACGGCGCGCCGCGCGGGGCAGAUGGGCGACGCCGCCCUCGCCAGGAUCUGCGGCGCCAUCGCCGGCGACGAGAGGCGGCACGAGGCAGCGUACACGCGGGUGGUCGCGGAGCUGUUCCGGCUCACCCCGGACGCCGCCGUGCGCGCGCUCGGGUACAUGAUGCGGGAGCGGAUCCUGAUGCCGGCCGCGCACAUGUUCGACGGUCGGGACCCGGACCUGUUCCGGCACUACGCCGCCGUGGCGCAGGGGCUCGGCGUCUACACCACCGCCGACUACGCCGACCUCGUGGAGUUCUUCGUGGAGAGGUGGGGCGUCGCGGGGCUCGGCCACGGGCUCACCGGCGAGGGGAGGCGCGCGCAGGACUACGUCUGCCGGCUGCCGGAGAGGGUGCGCAAGAUGGACCGGCUGGACGCACGGCGGCGGCAGCAGCAGCCUCGGCGGGUGCCCUUCUCCUGGGUGUUCGACAGGCAGGUGGAGCUGCGGCUCUGACGACCUGGCCUUGCUGCUGCAAUAAAUCUCAGUACUGCGACCCAACUACUCGAUGGUCUCGUCUCCUCGUAGGGUAUGCCGAUCCGUAUGUAUCUGUUCUUGCCUAUCGCCUACGGUGUGUGUGUACGGCAAUCGAAUUGAAUGGCAUGUGUAUCUGUUCUCUGCUUUUUUUUUUUCUCAGUCGUCUGCACGUGACUGAUUACCGGUAAAAGUCUGUAUGGUUUCAGAAGCUCCACAGGGAUAGAGUCUGGUGCUCCCUGUGCUGUCGUGCAUCAGGAGAGCAUUCAAUAAAAUCAUAACCACAGACCAUGUCAGGAAAUUUAUAA